GUUGGGUCUCUCCAGCCCUCCUCCAGACCGAUCUACUCGUUGAUACUCGGAACAAAAGUCAUGAUCGUUCUGUCGUCGGACACAACGGUCAAAGAAGUACUGGACAAGAGGAGUGGCAACUACUCUGACCGGCCAGACAUGUUUAUCGGUCAGAAGGUAGCCAGUGGUGAUCUCCGCCUCGUUGUGAUGAGAUACGGAGACAACUGGCGAAUGAUCCAUCGCAUGGUACACAAUAUCUUGAACAUCAAGGCUGCUGUCACGUACGUCCCUUACCAGGACCUCGAGAAUAUGAUUCUCCUAGACGAUCUCUUGGAAACUCCUUCCGACUUUCUCCAACACAUAAGAAGAUUCACCUACUCUCUUUCUACGCAGAUGAUUUACGGUUAUCGCUGUACUGACAACCAUGACCCGAAGCUCCUGCAGCUGUUUGAGAGCUUUGAGAAUUGGGGCAAGCUGUCCGGAAGUUCUAGCGCUCAGUUGGCAGAUGUUUACCCUUUCAUCCAAAGCUUACCAAGUGCUAUUGCGCCCAACGUCAGAUACGCGAAGAAGCUUUACGAGAUUGAGAGCAAGAACUAUCUUAGGCACUGGAUGAUGUCGAAGAAAGCACUCGAUGACGCAACAGGAUUGGUGAGAUUUAGCGACGAUGCUGCUGCUUAUAUCAGCGGCUCGCUGCUCGAAGCAGGCUCAGACACGACGGCAGGAACCCUCUAUGGUUUCAUCCAGGCCGUUCUCGUUUGGCCAGAUGUGCAAAGAAAGGCUCAGGAAGAAAUUGAUCGGGUGAUCGGCAACGAUCGUCUUCCCACCAUCGAUGACUAUCCGAACCUGCCGUACAUCCGCUGUUGCAUCAAGGAGAGCCUGCGGUGGAUGCCCACUGUCUUUCUCGGCGUGCCACAUGCCGCGGUCAAGGACGACGUUUACAUGGGCUACAACAUCCCAAAAGGUGCGACUGUUGUGAAUAAUGUGUGGGCCAUCCACAUGGAUGAAGAGCGGUCGCCCAACCCUCGCGUAUUCGACCCCGAGCGCUUUAAGGAUGACCACACAACGCUCUAUCAGUCCGCUAUGGGGGACACGAAAAAACGCGACAACUUCGUCUUCGGCGCAGGACGACGCCUGUGUCAGGGUAUUCACAUCGCCGAAAGAUCGCUCUUCCUGGGCAUGUCGAGGCUCUUGUGGGCUUUCGACUUCUCCCCGACCGUAGAUGGCCAAGGCGAUCCGGUGAAAUACGACAUUGAAGACCUCGUCGGUGGUAUUACCUCAUUGGACCCGGUCACCAUGCAAUGGAAGCAGGUCCCGGAGGGUAUGGCGUUCAGUACCUGGAUGCCGGAUGAACUUUCAGACAACAUGUAGCUGUGAUUUGCGUUAGUUUGGAUUUUCAUAAUGAUCCUGACUAUCUACCUAAAACUGUUCACCCGUCAUGUGAAAUGUAGUCAUAGGGAGAAGAGAAUCGGAUUAUUUAGAUUCUCAGAGUCACGACUAGUAAUUAUUCAGAG